ACACCGCCCCUAGUGCGAGCUAGAUUUACGACCCGAGUAUAAAUAUGAAACCGUGCCCCGGCAGAUGCAUCAGUUCACAAGAUUGUUAUUAAGAUGGAGACAAAACUGGUGCUCGCCCUGAUUGCCUGUGGGGUCAUCUGUCUGCUACAGACCACCCCGACCGAAGCGACCCGAAAGCAUGUGCAACAACUGAUGAAAGUGUUCCGAGCCAUCGACUUUGACUUUACCAAGAAAGCGUUCUACCUUCAUCGGGCCAAGUACGGCGUACAGAACCAGCUCCGCAAUCCACUUUACUUGAAAGCAAUGUCGCUUCCACGUAGCGCUAAGCUCUCCCAACCGUGCUUGAAUAAAAUGAUCGACGAGGUGAACGAUCUUGAGAGCACGUUCUAUGCCGGGUUCAGCUUCAACUGCCACGACCAUGACCAAUAUUCGAUGGACUGUCUGGAGGCGGCCGAGCCGACAUACUUGGACGGACUGAAGAAGCUGGCCGCCAGCACGGAGCAGUGUCUGGUGCAAAAGUAGACGACGGCAACGACGACGACGGUUGAAACGAAUAAUAAAUUUAUCUGAACCAUGGGAAUUGUUGCUUUGCUUCAAUAAAUCAUUUAUGCGUCAACGAGAUGUGA